AUGCUAAAGAUCCUUGUCCCAACCCUCAUGCUAAUUCCCACAACCUGGCUUGUUCCCGCCAAAUGAUUGUGGCCCUCAACUCUCACGUACAGCCUAAUGAUUGCAGUAACUAGCUUCGCCUGAUUUAAGAGCACCUCAGAGGUCGGGUGAACAACCCUGAACUCCUACAUAGCUACUGACCCCUUAUCAACCCCCUUGCUCGUGCUCACAUGCUGGCUUUUGCCUCUUAUGAUUCUUGCAAGCCAACACCACAUGGGCACUGAGCCCCUAAAUCGUCAACGAGUCUAUAUCACCCUCCUGACCUCCCUCCAGUUUUUUCUUAUUUUAGCCUUCAGCGCCACCGAACUUAUUAUAUUCUACGUAAUAUUUGAAGCUACUCUACUCCCCACACUAAUAAUCAUCACCCGAUGAGGAAACCAGGCUGAACGCUUAAAUGCGGGAGUAUACUUCUUAUUCUACACAUUAGCAAGCUCCCUCCCGCUUCUUGUUGCACUCCUAAUCCUCCAAAACACUAGCGGUACACUCUCCCUUCUAACCUUGCAAUAUAUAAACCCCCUGAGCCUAACAACAUACGCAGACAAGCUAUGGUGAGCCAGCUGCCUCCUCGCAUUUUUAGUAAAAAUACCUCUUUAUGGAGUCCAUUUAUGGCUACCCAAAGCCCAUGUUGAAGCCCCCGUCGCAGGCUCAAUGAUUCUUGCUGCCGUACUCCUAAAGCUAGGGGGUUACGGUAUAAUGCGAAUAAUGUUGAUUCUCGAACCCCUCACAAAGGAAAUACUCUAUCCCUUUAUUGUCUUCGCACUCUGAGGUGUUGUAAUAACGAGCUCAAUUUGUCUCCGCCAAACAGACCUUAAAUCGCUAAUCGCUUAUUCCUCAGUUAGUCAUAUGGGCCUUGUAGUGGCUAGCAUUCUCGUGCAAACCCCGUGAGGCUUUGCAGGAGCACUAAUUCUUAUGAUCGCCCACGGCCUCACAUCCUCCGCCCUUUUCUGUUUAGCAAACACUAACUACGAACGUAUCCACAGCCGAAGUAUUCUUCUAGCCCGGGGCCUUCAGGCGGUCCUACCUUUAAUAGCUACAUGGUGAUUCUUCGCUAGCCUAGCUAACUUGGCCCUUCCUCCCCUCCCUAACCUCAUGGGAGAACUAAUGAUUAUUACCUCACUAAUUAACUGGUCCUCUUGAACCUUAAUGCUUACUGGAGCGGGGGUGCUUAUCACCGCCAGCUACUCAUUGUACAUGUUUAUCACAACCCAGCGGGGGCCCCUGCCCAAUCACCUAAUUGCCCUGGACCCCUCACACACUCGGGAACACCUAAUUAUGGCCCUGCACCUCCUCCCCCUUAUUUUACUCAUCCUUAAACCUCACCUAAUCUGA